UGCUGCCUGUUUGAUGGGAUCAGCAACGUUCCGGCGUGGGGAGCACCUCCCCUUGAACGGCGACUGGGUUACUUUUUGAAUGAGGGAGGGGGUGCACCGCUAUGUUGAAGGGGGACAACUUGUGAAUAGACAGAGCACCGUUUCUGCGGCUCUGCCCGUGUUGCAUUGUCUGGUCCGCGCCCGGAUGCUGCGGUUAUAUGACCAGGAGCUGUAGAGACCGCUCGGAGCUCAGAAUGGCUGUGCCUCCAUCCAGCUCCUGUUUUGCAGUUCUGCCACCCGCUACCGAGGAUGCGAAUACGAUAUUUGGAAAAAAUUCAGCAAGGCCUUGCAAUGAGGUUCAAGAAGUCAUUUACUUACCCAGUGUUUCUCAUGAGUCAGGUUCAAAGCUUCAGUGCACGUACAUUGCUAUUGACCAGGUAGAGAGGACACUUGCUGUAAUAUUAAGCAAACCAGCCUGGAUGUGGGGAGCAGAAAUGGGAGCUAAUGACCAUGGAGUUUGCAUUGGUAAUGGCGCUGUGGUCACCAGAGAGACAGCGACAGAGACAGAAGGAUUACUUGGAAUGGACCUUGUCAGGCUUGGGUUGGAGCGAGGUACUACAGCGAAAGAGGCCUUUGAUAUUAUAGUGUCUCUUUUAAAAGAACAUGGACAAGGUGGCAAUAAUUUUGAAGAUGGAGCCAUGCUCCAUGCUUUCCACGGUACAUUUCUCAUUGUGGACAGAACAGAAGCCUGGGUCUUGGAAACUGCCGGCAAAUAUUGGGCUGCUGAGAAAAUCACAGAGGGCCUGAGAAGCAUUUGUAAUCGAUUGUCUAUCACCACCAACAUUGAUGCAGAGCACCCUGAGCUUAGAAGUUAUGCCCAGAGUCAGGGCUGGUGGAAUGGAGAGGAAGAAUUCAACUUUAGUACAGUUUUCUCGGUACCAGGUGGAGAUGAGGAUUUGGAUCACCUUUGUGCUGGCAAAGAACUUCUGCAAAAACAUGCAGGAAACAUCACCAUGCAAACCAUGAUGAAUGUGCUACGUGACAAAAACAGCAUGGAUCUGAAUUCUUACCUUGUCACAGGGAGCAUGGUGUCCAUCCUUCCCCAGAGCAGUAGCUUACCAUGCAUCCACUCCUUCACAGCCACUCCCAAUCCUGCAAGGUCCAUCUUCAAACCUUUCAUCUUUGUAGAUAAUGUCAAGCCAGUCCCUAAAACACAAUCCCCGAGCUUUGGUAAUGAGGACCCAGUAAAUCAGCAACCUCGUUUCCAGAGCACGGUUGACCGUAGACAUGAGCUGUAUCAGGCUCAUGAGUGUGCCAGAGCAGUUAUGGAAACCGAAGAGGAUGCAGGGCAGAAGCUUUGGAAAACCAUGCUGGAUUUGGAAAAACAAGGUCUGGAAGCCAUGCAGGACAUCUUAAAGUGUGAAGGACCUGUUGACCCUUCAGAAUUUGCUGACCUCUUCUAUGAUUGUGUGGACACUGAAAUUAAAUUCUACAAGUGACGUUUGUCUCUUAGUCGUGCCUCAUUGGCCUUUGUAGACCUUUCUGAAAACCAGGGUGAGGAGCUGUUCAAGACAAAUGAUUAUCUCUUACGUAAAGUAAAAAGAGGAGACUCACUGUCGCUUGGUUUGUCUUUUAUUCCAGAUAACUCAGCUACUCCCUGAAGUAAAAUCCUCAAACAUCCAAUUGUGUAUUGUCUAACCUUUGUGUCUAGUGAUAGGACGCAGCCAGUGGUUGGUUGUUGGUUGUGUGCAUGCAGAAAUAAUAUAAAGCAGGACCUUCUAAAUGCUUUAUGAUUGUCACGAUAGCAUUUACAUCCUUCAAACUGAUUCAUUGAGUAAAGAAUGGUCAGGUGACAAGCUAACAAGCAUGGCAUAAUCUGCAGUGAGUCAUCAUAGAUGCCCUUCGUAUGGUAUUUUCCUUUUUUUUUCUUUGUGAUAAAUCUUGUCAAAUUUGAUUUGACCUGAGGUUCUCUCUGUUUCUGGUUAACUGGUUGUGGUUUGAUAUGCUGCAGCAUGUAUUUUAUGGAAUUCCUUAUACUUGAGAAUAAUUAACAGCAAUUGAGUCUGAUCCCUCAGCAGAUGCCAGUUACCACAGUACUGGGACACAAACUUUUAUUUUUAACAUGAAUUAGAACUCCAGAACCUUGAAUUCAGUUUAAAAAAAAAUCAUUUAAAUAAAAUUCAAAAUAUUGUACAUUAGUGUAUGCAAGAAUGAACUAUGCACUGCAUGUAGCUCUGUUACAGCUGCAUUUGUUGUAGUUCAAGCUUUCUUCUCUGUUUAUAUUAUUUAACUUUUCACGUGUUUUGCACAAUUAGGCAUCAAUUAUUUUCAGGAUGUUUUCUGGUUUAUUAAUCACGUCUUAUAAAUUGCAGUAUAUUGGUCAUUGUAGCAAAAAUACAGGUUCUGUUAUGCAGAAAAUAAGCAAGACUGUUUUGUUUAUUAGGAGAAAAUGAGGACUGCAGAUGCUGGGGAUCAGAGCUUAAAAAUGUGUUGCUGGAAAAGCGCAGCAGGUCA